GUACCUUGGAAAAUCGUUUAUUGUAUUGUCCGAUUUAUGGCUCGCGAUAAGCGGCGAUUGUUAGAAGAGGUGCACACAACAAUCGUCACGAGAGCAUAACUCAUCGGCGAAUGCACUUCUCUAGCAGCUUCCUCCUUGAGGCGACUGAAAACUAGAUUGGUACGCGCCUAACAAGCGUUGCCAAUUAAGAGAUUUCUAAACAAUAUGAUCAACAUGCUGCCGGUAGCGGGAGAGAUCUGAAUUAAACAGUCGAAGAACGUUGACUUGACUUGGUAUAAAUUAGCUUUCAGACUAACUGUUGGAUAUCAGUACACUUCAAGCGUUCCAAUCAAGUGGAUCAAGUGGAUAUUAUACAACAUGAUCAAGUUUGUUCUAGUUCUUGCACUGGUGGCGGCCGUUUUCGCUGAAUGGGAUGGUGGUUAUGGAGGUCACGAUCACAAGGAUUACUACGCCUAUCCAAAGUACAAGUUUGAGUAUGGCGUAAAGGAUCACAAAACUGGCGAUCAUAAGAGUCAAUGGGAGCAUCGGGAUGGAGAUGUCGUGAAAGGCCAGUACUCUCUGCAUGAGCCCGAUGGUACGGAACGUAUCGUCAAGUAUACCUCCGACAAACACAACGGAUUCCAGGCCCAUGUGGAGCGAGUUGGACAUGCUGUGCACCCACAGAUUUAUGGACACCACGAGGGAGGUUAUGGUGAACACUCGUACUAUGGUGGCCAUGGACAUGGUCACGCUAGCAGUUAUGCCAACUCGAAUCUGCUUUCGCAUCACCACUGAGCCGUGCGUUUUAGGUCCUGAUCUCAUAAUUUUUCCUACACUUAUCUUCUGUAAAUAAAAUAUUGCUUCUGUAAUUCAUUGAA